CAAAACUGGUUCUUCCUGAUUUUAGAAAACCAGUUUCAUCUCUUAGCUGAACCGACUGGAUUUAUUAAAUAGCGUCUCGUCUCUUGUCUGCGGUCAUCGCCAGCCGAUAGUGCCUUUUGAAAGAUUUUCUGAAAUCAACUGUCUGCUGUAAAAUGUCUGCUCUCUGCCAGAAUAAGAAAACAUGUUUAAAAUUCUGCACUGGUAUAUCUGUAUAUUUUUCGUUCGUCUUGAUAGCGCUGCAUGGGAUGCCAGGGGCGCAAGGAGUGUGGCCGAUGCCACAGAAGAUGAGCCAGACUUCUGAAAUAUACCCAUUACAUGUACACCGAUUCAUUUUUCAGUAUGCAAAUGAUUCUGCAGCGCAGCCGGGAUGUUCUGUCCUGGAUGAGGCUUUCAGGAGAUACUUCGCACUCAUCUUCCCUGGAUACAGCGAUGGCAAAGCCCCUUGGGAUUCCUUUGCAUUGGUGGUGAAUGUGCAAUCUGGAGAGUGUAAUGGCUAUCCUGAUGAGAAUUCCAAAGAGAACUACUACCUGCUUGUGUCUGAUGGCCAGGGAAUUCUGAAGGCAGAGACUGUGUGGGGAGCUCUGAGAGGGCUGGAGACAUUCAGUCAGCUGGUGCAGCAAGACGAUGAUGAAAUUUAUUACAUCAACAAAACUGAAAUCGUGGACUUCCCCCGGUUCCUGUUCAGAGGAAUUCUUCUGGACACUUCACGGCACUUUUUACCUGUGCCUGCCAUCAUGGAAACCCUGGAUGCCAUGGCCUACAACAAGUUCAAUGUGUUUCACUGGCACAUCGUGGACGAUCCUUCCUUCCCCUACCAGAGCUACAGCUUUCCUGACCUCAGUGACAAGGGUGCCUACCACCGCUUCACUCAUGUGUACACCCAGACUGAUGUCCAGAAGGUGAUCGAGUAUGCCAGGCUGCGCGGCAUCAGGGUUCUGCCUGAGUUUGACUCGCCGGGCCACACUCUGUCCUGGGGCAACGGACAGCCUGACCUGCUGACACCCUGCUACAAAGGUGACGUUCCUUCUGGGACGUUUGGUCCUGUCAACCCCAUUCUGAACUCCACCUAUGAGUUCAUGACCCGCCUGCUGAAGGAAGUCAGCGUAGUAUUUCCUGAUUCCUACAUCCACCUGGGAGGGGACGAAGUCAGCUUCACCUGCUGGAAAUCCAACCCUCAAAUUCGGGCGUUCAUGCAGCAGAUGGGAUUUGGGGGUGACUUCUCUAAACUGGAGGCAUUUUACAUUGAAAACAUAGUCAACAUCACAACGGCACUCAACAAGACAUCAGUUCUCUGGCAAGAUGUGUUUGACAACCGUGAAAAAAUCCCAAACAACACAGUGCUGCUUGUGUGGAGGGGAACCCCACCCAAGUACUACAGCGAGAUGAGCCGAAUGACCAAAGCGGGGUACAGGGUGCUGCUGACUGCCCCCUGGUAUCUCAACCACAUUAGCUAUGGGCAAGACUGGCGUGCCGCCUACUCUGUGAAGCCUCUGAACUUCACUGGGACUGAAGAACAGAAGAAACUGAUGAUUGGAGGAGAAGUCUGUAUGUGGGGGGAGUACGUGGAUGCGACCAACCUCAUGGCCCGACUGUGGCCCAGGGCUAGUGCAGCUGCAGAGAGGCUCUGGAGUGACGAGGAGCAGACCUCCAGCUUGUCCAAGGCUUACGAUCGCCUCACUGAUUUCCGCUGUCGGCUCGUGAGACGUGGGAUACGGGCGGAGCCUGUGUACGUUGGCUACUGCAAGCACGAGUACAAGGGCCUGUGACUUUGACCUGGGAGGAGCCUUAAGGACACAGGGACAACCUCGCAGAAUCAAUACUCCUUAUCCUGUCUGUGUAGGCAUGCUGACCUUGCCUUUUUAUUAUAAUUUUUUUUCUUUCUUCAUGUGUAAUAGUUUGCAUACAAGUGUAAUUGGGUGUAAGGGGCAGGAUUUACCUCAAAUUGACAAGCAAGGAAGGAGCCCAUUGCUAUAAUGGCAGUUUCAUCUAAGCUGAUGCAGCAAUUAAACUGUGGUGAGGUGUGGGGCUAUAUUUUCUUUGCAAGGCCAUUUUAGAUCCUUGAAUGAAACAUGUAAUUUCCUUCUCAACCAUUGUUGACCUUUUAUGGAAUUUCUUAUUGGGGUGAGGGGGGUCACACUGAAAAUGUGAUGCAAUGCCUGCCUCGUUGCUUGCCUGCCACUACUGCUAACCAAAAGUCUUUGUUUGAUCCACCAAAUUAAUUGGAACGACGUCAAACUAAAAACCACAUGAUCUUCAUUCACAAUGCAUAGAUGAAUCAGGCAUCAUCAUGGCAGAGUUUGGAGCAGGUGUUUCUUUGUUGGCCCAAAAAGUACUUUUUGUUUUCUGAUUACUUUCAACAGCGUCUCGCAGAAUCUACUUUAGCGGCUAUAACUGUAACGAUGUGAGUCACAGAUCCGAGGGACUGUACAAGCAGUUUAGAACAGAUGUCCGGGGCGUGAUCUUUAUUUGCAGUUAUUAGCUGCAAAUAUCGUGUGGAAAUUUGGACUAAUGCAAGCAUUUGCCAGGCAAGCAAAACCCAUUACAACUUAUGAGGGAUUAUGUGGUAAUUACAUACAAACUCUACAAAGCUUAUUAAGAAAACAAAAACAUGUACAAAAAAACACACAAAGCCCUGCUGUUGAUUGGCUUUGUGUGCACUGUCUUGUGGUGGACACCCUCAAUAGUCUGAUCUGUGUUUGCGAGUUCGUGCUGAAACACGUGCCAUCAUGAGGUAGGUCUGUAGUCCCACCUCCCCUUCCUGUAGCUGCUCCUGCAUAUGCCUCAUAUACUGAUGGGAUUCAAGCUGAGGCAGUUUACAAAAGUACAAUGAAAGGUUUUAAGUGACUAAAGGCAUUAUGUAUCAUGAAAAAUGGUAGCUAUAGUACGUAGUAAGGGCAUUUUAAAUCACAGAACCCUGAGCGCUUCUGUGGGAAAUGAAGAAAUUGAAAUUCUUAUGCAGGUGUAAAACCUUACGACAGGGAUCAUUAUAUGCACUAUUAACUGUGUUAGUCAAUCAUUUGUAUGUUCUAAACUCUGAGAAGAAAAAUUGGACCAACUCCAAAAUAAAUCAACAGAAAAUUAGAUUUGACAGUUUUUCUAUUUUUUAAAACAUAAACAUCUCGUUGGUUGAUGUUUCAGCAUGUGCCUUUUUCAAGAGCUUUGGGAAUGUUCACACAUAUUUAUAUGAAAAUGUGUGACGUAGUAACACACCUACUUGGCAUCCAGCAUAAUAGGGAGAAUAUUCGGCAAAUUAGUUUUUCAGACAAUUAAAAACUAGGUAAUUUUAGUACAGCAGUGCUAAAUGUGUUAUCUAGAAUUAGGAGAUCUAUUGGGUGAUACUUAGUCUCAUGUAUAUAUAAAGAUGUGUCCUUUAUAUAUGUUAGAUGUAACGCUGUUAAGAUCGGUUUUGAGUGUCAAAUUUUUCUUCUCGGUCAUUGAUUUUAUUGAAGGACAAGCAACCAGAAUAAAAGGAGAUACACCUACAAUAUUUGAACUGCGUUUGAGAAGACCGUUUUCAUGCUAUCACUGUGACCUUCUUAAUUGACUGUAAAUUGUAAUUCACUGCAAUAAAACUGGAUUUUAAUGAAA